CGCUGGGGCAGUAACUGUGGCUGCUUUGCACCGUGCACUGAUGAAAGGAGCCUGGCGUGAUCUGAGGCAUGGAUCCUGAACCCUUUCCCAGCCCCGUGCCCCUCGCAGCCAGCCCUGGGUGAGGGCAGCCCUGCGGUGCGCCCUGCCCCAGGCAGGGUUUGUCCCGUCUGACUCAGCCUGCGGCAGGCGAUGGGGUCACGGCCACCCCAGGCGUGGGUUCAGGAGGCAUCAGCACCGAGCCGCGCUGCUCCAGCACCCAGUUAAUGCACACAUCUGCUGAAGUUGGUGUGGAUUCUCCCUGCCUUCAGCAUGCUCAGAGGCUGUGCUCCCGAACUGCAGCUGGUGGUGUGUCUGACCGCUAACAGGAUUAGUUCUGUGGGGUGCUGGGAUGGAGCGGAGGAGCCCAGCCCGGCUGGGGAUGCUCAGGGCCCUCGGGGCUGGUGCUCGGCUGCCUGGCUGCUCACCCAGCACAGGGUUUGUGCCAUGGGAGCUACUACGUUCACAUCGCAGGUCCAGAACUUCCAUUUGAUCUAAAUGAAGCUGGAAUCAUCACAUAAAAGCAUCGAGUAAUGGUUGCAUGUACGUUGCCAUUUCAAGCCACUCUGCGAGGGGUGUGCGGAGCUGUGGGUGAGGGUGGUGCUGCUGCAAUACCCUCUUGUUGCUGGGUCUUCUAAGGAGCCCAUUGGAGCAGGAUCGGGCCAUCCGCCAGGUGAAGGAUGCUGCCCUCACCCCUCUGCAAGGGACCGGAUACAAACAGAGGGAGUGAUACAAACUGGCUGUUUCUCCUGCAAGAUGCCCACUUUCCAAGGGGCCACCUUGCUCCAUCAACAGUGUAACCCAGUGUCCAUGGGAGCCCCCCAGGACUGCAGCAACAAGCGAAGCAUCACUAUGGCUGGUAAUGAGAAUUAUGAUUGUAGUACUAAUUGCAAGAGAGGGGAAAAAAAUAAAUUAGAAGCAAGCAUAGUAAACAAUCUAUAUUCUACAGGGAAGAUGUGCGUGGGGGCUACUUGCGGGUUUUGGAAGUGGAAAUUUGAUUGGCUUGGGCAUUUUUCUUAGUCCGUGAUCACAGCUCUGUCCCGCAGAAAAACCUUUCAGGAAAGAUUCGUUUCUCUGUGAACUGCUGGUCCUCCCAGCAGCCUUGCAGGCCAGCGCUUCUUAGGCAGCUUGAAAUCUUCAUUGUACUUCAGCAUUUUCUAUACAUUAGCAUUAUGUUUGCUUAGAGAAGCCCAAUUGCUAAUAUGUCAGAUGCCCACAUCAAAAAGCUUAUGAAACCUCCUGGAAACUGAGAAAGCCUCGUUCAAUCAGCCUGUGUUUAAUUCCGUUGGCAGAGGUGAGUCUGUGAAAUACAUGCACGUUUGGAGACCAGUGCACGUUUUGGCAUGUGCGUUGGGCUUUACAUCAUUCUCUUGUGGAUGCUUCUGUUUGUCUUCAAUGGCAGGGCAGUGCUUUUCAGGGAACUACACCUCAAAUUUUGCUGAGAUAGAAAAUUUCCUUAACAUCGGUGGGGAAAAGAAGAAAAAACUCAAACCAUUGAAAUUCACCCUGCCUGGGAGAUCUUGCUGAAACGAUCACAAGAGAGUGACGUGCCCAAGCCGUGGGCUGCUGAACCAUUCCGAUAACUCCUGAGCUGUUGCAGUUUUGGGGGGGGGUGGGAAUUUCCCCAAGAGCAAUUUGAUUCUCCAGCCAGUUCCUGAAUUUAGCAGGAAUGCGCUGAGCUCCCCUGGGCUGGUCCUUAGCAUCACACACCGCUUGUGCACCUGCCUGGGUUUGAGCACAGCGGCGCUUUGGCUGGACCCACCACUUUUUGAAGACACACUUUGCUGAGAACACGGAGGUGGCUGUUGAAACCAGCUGCCGGACAGUUGAAGGCAAGUGAGCAGAAGCUGCUCUUUAGCUGUAUUAUCAACCUGUAGAGACCUGACAUGUGCAUUUCCCUUUGGGGAAGAUGCCAUUUAUGAUAACUAAAAUAUGCUUCACAUUUUAUCAAAAAAGGAGAAGCAAGAAUUUAACCUUCAACACCCCCCCACCCCACCCCCGGUGACUAAGUUGAUGAUUUUCUACAGAACAGCUAUGUCGGUGUAUGAGAUCCUCCACCACACUUUUCCCCUUCCACAAAGGUGAAUCUUACUUGAGGGGGGGAGGGAAACAAAAAAGGCACUCUUUUUUGCAUUUUUCUUUACCCUCUUUGGGUGAAAUCCUGGCUUGGUGGCAGCACUGCCAUUGGUGAGUCACACAGAUGUGUCACAUCUGCUCCAUGAAGGCGGUGGCUGAGGCACUGUCAUUUUCUAUGACGCGCAACCCUGCACAGCCGGGAGCUGACCAUGACCCAGCCGAGGACAUGUAGCGAGGACAGAGUGAGCCCAGGGCCACCCACAGCACCGGGGGGAUGCUCCUGGGGAGGUGGCUCUGUCCCCUUUCUGAUGAGCUGUGCACUGGGGACACCCUGGGCUGGGCUACAGGUAACAGAAAAUGGCAAAAGCAGCUCCAGAGGGACGGUUGUGGGCAAUGCCCCAAAUCAGGAUGAUUCAGGCAUUGUCUCAGGGUGCAGGACACUCUCCCAGGCUAUCCUGAAGUCCUGGGAGAGUUUACUGAGGAAAAGAGAUUUUUAAUUUUGUCAGCAGCACUGCAGAGCUGGGGCUGCGCAAGCAGCAGGGCUGGCAAGCCUGCUGGGUAACCAGCCCCUGGUUUCUGUCGAUAAUGAACUGCGCUAAUUAAGAUGGUGAAGAGCAGCCAGAUUUUCAGAAGCUAGGAGAGGACGCUGGCAGCCGUGGAACACAUUUCCGUCACGAAGAGCAAAGCGUGUCCGUGCAGAAGCUAAUGGAAAGAGUGACGCCGGGGCGGGUGACACCCAGCUGGGUGCCGGUGUGAAUCCCUGGGUUUCGAGAGGACGGUGCGGGAUGGGCACUUGUCCAAACGAGGUUUGAAAUGGGCUCUGGAGGGGAGGGCCAGGUGACUGUGUGACAAUUAAACCUCUGGUGUUUCAGGUGCUGGGAACUACUCAGAGCUGCAGCAUAGCACCACUGCUGCAGUCAAUCUUCCCAUUAGCACCCGGCUAUGAUUAAGGCAGGGCUGUCUGAUGAUUUACACCACUGCAAGUAUCUCAGAAAUUACUCCACUGCAUAAAAACCAAGUGGAAACAUUUUCCUCUGCUGGUGGAAGCAGAAUUACGUUCCUUGGCAGGGGUUUUGGUAAGCUACAGUACUACCAGGAGAGAUGUAAAAGCCUACAAGCAUUUUUGUUUCGGGUGGCUGAGUCUGUUUUUGCAGAUCUUUUCCUGAAGGAUGUCAGGAAGAGUUGCUGAGUCCAGAUAUUUUUGCUGGAUUUGGUUAAGUCUCGACUUUUCGUCUAUUAAAAUGACUGGAGGCAUUUCUGUCAUUCGCAUUGUCUAGUUCUGGGGACCUGUGCACAAACCAUUAUCAACCUCAUAUCUGAAACACUGGUGUACCUAAAGCUGCUGUGAAAAAUGAGUAAUGACAAAGAAUGGCAAACCAAGAAUGGUCUGUGAAGUAUUAUCAGAUCUUCUUACAGCAUGAAACUACAUUGAAAUGCACUAUUGAAACUGGUACAUUAUCACUCUGAAACACUUUACUGGAAACCUAGUUAACGUGUCUGUGGUCAGUUCUUAACAGCGUGGCUCCUUCAGAUCAGAACAGCCUGAUUAUUUUUUUUUUUAAGGAUUAUUUUUUUUUUUAGGAUAAGCCAAAAUCUUUUUGAUAUGUGAAAUUAAUAAUACUGGGUCAGUGCUGGAUGAUGCCAAGCAGGACUGCAGUGACUCCACAGUAAGUGGGGUGCACAGGGCAUGGCUCAGCCCCGAUGCUGGAGCAGGGCUGGGAGCUGCUGCUGAAUUUCCCUGACGUACCCGGCCAUCGGUGAGUAGGUAUCUUGUCUCAUGUCACGCUCCCAGGCUCUCCGGGAACAUCUGCUUUGUUAGUCAUUUCAACGAGCCAUUUGCCUGCAGCAGUCUGGUGCUUUCUGCUGUUACUGAGAUGCUUCCAUCACCACAGCAGCCACGCCAGCUCUGCGCGGUGGUGGUGAUUUGGCCGCCUGCUUGGCAGGGUGAGGCUGAGCAUCGGUCCUGGCAGCGGUUGGAGAUGCUGAGAGCUGGGGUGGUCCAAGAGGUUGCACUUGGGAUCUUCCCUUUGGCCCCUUUUGUGCCUUUUUGAGUUGAUGUGAGACAUGCAGGAGCUGUGCUCCUCACCACGGACUUUGUAAAAAUGAUUUCUCAGAUAAGCUAAUGAUACACAUGGCUUAUUUUUUAAUUCCUUACCACGGUGGCAGAUAGCUAACAACCCUCUAUGCUGCCUUUGCUUGUUAUUUGGGUUGCAACUACUUUCAGUGUGCCCUGUCACAACGUGCCUACUGUAAAAUCCUGAGGGAGGAGACCUCUGCCAUUAGCUGGGAGUUGCCUGGAAGGAUUCCUGGGGAGAGGACCACUUCCCUGCUCCCAGCACACACCCCAGCGCCGCAGUAUGCGAAAGGCUGAAUUAUUCUGGGAGCGCCUGGGGGAGUCUGUUCCCAUUUUACUAUCUGAGCUCAUCUGCAUCGUCACUCUACUGUGCUUCAGAAAUCCCUGUUUCUCCUUUUCCUCUUCCUUCCCAGAGCAUAUGGGAAAAGUCUUGCUGUUUUAUUGAGGCUAUUUUCAUAUUGCUGUAGCUGGCAGGUAGGCGAGAGCCUCCCUCAGGCAGGCUCUGGGGAAAGCCAGGCUGGGCUGACUGGCUUCCAUUAGGACUUGGUCCAACACGUACUGGGGUCCCUGCUGAUGCCAUCCCAUCUGCUCCAAAAAGCCAGGGUUUCGGACCUCCCCCAGGUCCAGCACUUGGGGCAAUCCAUUACCAUCAUUGCACACAGACUUAAAAAACAAAACUAGAAACCUGUCUGGACUGUCUCCCCCACUCUCAUGCAGUUCUUCUCCUCCUUGCCCUUGCGGGGAGGGUGCUUCACAAGAGGGCAGCAGCAGGACAGAGGGGCCACGGGACGCCCCAGGACAAUGCAGAGUCUGGAAUAAGCAAGGCCCUGGAUCCUGAUAAUACACAACAUUUCACUCCUGGUCCCACAGCGUCCCGGCAUCUUUCCUCCACCAGCCUGGCUGGCAAUCUUUAGCCCAUGACUGUUUCUUGCCUGCUGGCGUUUGGUUGACCUGCCUUGAGUGUCAAUUCAGUUACCAAAAGGAGAAAAAAAAAAUUUUAAAAAUCCCUUCUUCUCAUCUCUAAUUUACAUAAUUAAGUAAGAACUUAUUGCCUCUUCGCCCAUUUCCUCACCGAGGCUGGGUGUGCACCAGGCUGCCUGGGAACGGUGCCGGUGCCUCUUCCUCUGCUCCAAGCAAAACUUUUACUGCAAUUAGAGGCAGCAGCUGGGAAUUGGGAGAGGAAGGCAGGCAGUAGCAGCCUUGGGCUGCUGAGGAGCCCUCUGACACCUCAGCAAGGGCAAAUGCAACCUGCUGCAGAUUUGGACCUGCCUUUUGGCUGCCUUACAGGGAUGAAGGAGGAGGCAUGUUUGGUGUAUUUGAGGUCGUUUCAGCAAUACUGAAUGCAAUACUAUGACUAGCCUGGGCAUAAAAUCUAUUUGUUUAGUCCUCCCUUGAUGACUGAUACAUGCUCAAGAUUGAGCUUGGUUAUCAAUGAAUUACUCACCCAGCAAAACUUUGUAGAACAGCCCUGGCCCACAGGCAGCGGCACACAAGAUACACCUGCGUUGCAACAGGCACACGCUCAGGCUGCUGCUCUCGCCCAGAGCAUUGUGGCUGCCCCAGAGGUUGGCUGUGAGGUUAAAGGGGUGCCUUCUCCACCUCCAUGCCCUCCAAAUCCCUCUGACUUUCCCUUCUGGGUACAGGGAGCCCAAGAAGUUUUUUUGACUGCUCAUUUUCGCUUGUAGACUGAACUGAGCUACCUCCAGAGGGCUUACAGAAGCAACCAAACUAACUUCAGAGCCAACAGCGUGGUGAACCAGCCUGCCUUUUGCACCAGUACUGCCACUUUCAUGUGACAACAUGCCCCAGCUGGCAAACCCUAGUUCCUUGGGGACAGCCUGGAUCUGAAAUGUUGGUACAAGAACAUACCUGGUUCGCUCGAGGACCUUGGCUGCAUCAGUUUUGCUCAGCAGCUAAUGCCUGUGGCAGGGUGACCAUAGCCUGUGUGGUCCAGGUCUUUGCUGGCAGGUAAAAUGCCCCCGCUGCCUCUGGGCUGGUGGUCUUUUAAAGGUUUGAGUGAAAUUUCUGCCCUUCUGCAAGGUGAUAGCUUUGGACUGUGCGUAAUGCUCACCCAAGUCAUCUGUGCUCCAGAAAACAAAGUGACUUCUGGCACCGAGGUGGGAGCUGUGUCAUCCCAAAGCCCUACCAUCUCAUACCUGCACAUCUUUGGUCUCCAAACACUAGGGAUGUGCCGAUGGAGAUAAACACCCAUCCACCUGAGGAGCAAGCCUGAGAGCCUCCCCAUAGUGUGAAGGCCCUGUGUGCCAGGACAGUGAUGGAGAAAGACCUUGCCAGCUUUCUGAGUAAUGCCACUUUUACUAGCCCACCACGUCUGUUUGCCAGAGACCCUGGGGUGUUUGGACCGCUGGCAUCCCAAGGGGUGAUGCCAUGUGGCUUCCCACAUCCCAGCGCCUCUGUGAUGAGCAGGGAACAGCCCAUCUCCAGGAGGGACUUGGCAGCGUGGCUCUGUGCUUGGGGGAGCCCUCCAGCUUGGCAUUUUGGGAAUGUAACUCCCAUGAUGGUCCCUCCUUUUGGUCACAUCCCUCUUCCCGAAUGAAAAAUGAUACAGCAAUGCCAAGAUUUCCCGCCUCCAUAGGUUAGGGAAACACCUGUGGGUGAAAGAGUUGGUCCCUUUCACUAGCUAAUUAAUUCAGUAAAUUACAAAGGGAAAUACAUGCUGGGAAAAGCAAGAAAAAUCCCAAAAGUUAAUCCCAGAGUUAUUUCCUCCUGAUACCUGGAUAAAAACACCGUCUUUGGAGCUCUUCAGGUCAGUCGUCGGCGAGACCGGUGAACCCACAUCAAAGAACAAGGUCUCCCAGGCAGCCGGCUGUGCUUGCAUCUGCAGCAGCAUGAAGGGAUCCCACUUGUUCCCCUGCCUCCUCUCCGUGUCAUGCUGGUUGCAUUUGACGCUGACAGCUGGGCACAAAAUCUUCCACUUUGGACCCUGCAGGGUCUCAGUGAGCAUGACCGAGAUUAGGUCUGGUUUCACCGCAAUUAAAGCCAACAUCCAAGCCAGAGAUCCCAUCAGGACCCUGAGCAUCUUGUCGUACCCGCACUCCCUGCACAAGGUUAAGUCUUCAGAUAGAUGCUGCAUCAUCCAUCACCUUUUGAACUUCUACGUGGACAAAGUUUUCAAACACUGCAAGACCGAAGAUUCAUAUGUGAACCGAAAAAUCAGCAGCAUAGCCAACUCCUUCCUCAGCCUGAAGAGGAAACUUGGGCAGUGUCAUGAGCAAAACAAAUGCACAUGUGGACAGGAAUCCCCUGAGAAGUUUAAGCAAAUACUUGCCAACUAUGAAGGGCUGAACGUCACAUCUGCAGCAAUUAAAUCCCUGGGCGAGCUGGACAUCCUACUAGACUGGAUGGAGAAAUCUCGUUAGAGAGCAGAAGGCGUUAAUGACCCAUGGACGGCUGGGGCUAGCGAAGCUGCUGGGACAUUGCUCACACCGGUGGUCAGUGGGAAAAUAAUGUUCUGUUUUGGUUCAGUUUCUCACUGCUCACAGCUGUGUUCAGGCAAGCGCCGAGUGUUUCACUCGCCAGGUAAUGGGCGAGCGCAUCAGAGCCCUGCAUUAAUAUGGAAAUAGCGAGUCCGAUCACAUCAGCACAGCUCUCGCUUAGCUGACUUCUAUCAAAGGAUGCCCUCCAAGGGUAAAUCUAAAAGCGUUUCUCUUGCUAGCAGACUAAGCUGUGAUCAUUUCAUUGAAGUAUUGUUUAAAUUAUACAAUUUUUGUAUAGGGAAUGUGUAUUCAUGAGUGCUGAGUGCCUGCUGGAAUGACCCUGGUGUAGUUAAUGCUGUGGAGCAAGGCUCAUGAAUCUGGCCUCAGUCUUAUGUGGCUGCUGCUGCUGACUGAUCUGGCUGAAGCAAGGUGCACAGUCUGAGAAAUGCUUUCAAGAAUAGGUUCUAGCAGACCUGCAUUUCCUUUUGACAUGGUAUUUUCUGCCUUAUCAGUAAAAGAAAAGUUUCUAUGCAAGAUAUGUGGUCGCUGAAGAGAAAAGGGUUCUUGUAUGCAUUGUAAUUUACUGACAGCAGUAAGUUUUGUGGAAGUCUGCUACAAUUACUGUAAAUAAACCCCACUUGAAACUGU